AUGGCCAUUACCGCUGACGUCAAGAGCCAAUUGUUCGAAACGGAUCACGCGGGCGGCGGUGGGGCACUGAUCCGUAUCCCGUCCGAAGCUGCGCCGCUCUCGGCGACGGCCCACUCAGAGCUUCGAGAGCCGCUGGCCACCAAUGGACGGGCGUGGACUCCGACAGAGCACGAGCGGUUCUUAGAAGGGCUCGAGCUCUAUCCGUCGGGGCCGUGGAAGGACAUUGCGGCCCACGUGGGCUCGCGCACGACGCGACAGACGAUGACCCACGCGCAAAAGUACCGCGAGAAGAUCGCGCGGCGCAAACGCGGACUGCGCUCGUCCAGCAAAGACACGUACUCGCUCAAGCGACGACGCCACUACUUUCAGCACCGGCAACAGCAGCUGCAGUUGCACCAGCUGCAGCUCUACAAACGGCAGUACAAUUACACGACCGAAGGGCGGGACUUGGCCUCGCCCUGUUCGGUCGCUGGGCCCUUUAGUAGCACUCGAAGAGGCAUUGACCCCAUGGACUUUCACGGCUGUUUCCCGCCAGGCCCAGUGGCCGCUUCGUCUCGGAGCGGCCGCCAAAGUUACAGCUUUGCACCAGCGUCGGAGAGCGAAGGGGCGAACUCUACUGCAGCCGUGUUGAGCGACUUUGAGUGGCUGCCCAUGUCAGAAGAGGAGAUCGACUCGAUCCUCGAGGUGGCUACACAACCGUACGACGCCGAGACGCGGAGUGCAGGUGGGUACAAGCUGUGA